CGAAGUGACAAAACUAAAGGUAGAUAACCAGGCUCUUACUUCGGAACUCACUUCAUUGAAAAACAGAGUUUCACGCCUUGAAGAUUGUGCAGCAGAUAUUUGUGAAAUUCAUUGGCGGAUGUGGUCAGAAUGGACGGUGUGGUCUAACUGUGCUGGGCAAUGUACUGGUGGGUACAGUACAAGACACCAGACAAGGACCAGAACCCGGGUGUGUAAUAUAAAUGACCCACAAGGACAAUUGUGUCACGGUGACACAUCACAAAACGAGACAAGACCGUGCAGCUCAGUUGAAUUACAUGGUUGCCUGAAUCCACAAAAUGCAAAAGACAACAGCGACCCCUAUGCGUAUGGUGUGGCGUACAACUUCAGGGACGAGUUGGCACAGAGCACGUGCGCCGGGCUGUUAACAACACCUUCACAUGUUGCUGCAAUACGGCGUAAUUGCUACAGCGGGCAGGCCGCACAGUGUUCUACUAUCUGUCAUAACAAUGGGUAUGCAUGUGUUGAUGAGCUGCACGUUUACAUUCCUGGAACAGUUUUAAACCCCAACAAAACUGAGGACACCCAUGUAGGGCUGUCCAUGUACCGUUAUUUCUCAUGCACAUUUGGUGAUGGGCAUUGUGGUCCAAAUUACUGUUGCUGUACAUGGCCAUAAACAUCUCAGUUCGGUGAAUGAAACUGCAAAGCACUAUAGAAAAACACAAUAUAAAACACGUAUUUCAAAUUUGUUCUUUUUUUCCAUCAGAAAUAAAUCUUUUAACCAUCGAA